UGCACAAUAAGGAUAUGCCGAUCCAUGCAGCUUCCUCUCCCAGACCCGGCAGAUCUGUGAAGCAAGAGUACAACGGUUGAUUGUAACUUGUGUACUUUAUGGUUUUUGGCAAAAGAGGAGAGGACGCCGGUGGACAUUUCCGAUUAAUCGGGACCGGUGUAAACCUCUACCCAACAAACGAGUCGCGGAGUUUAAUUCAAUCCUAACAUUUAGUCCGCAACAAAAAGAUGACAGAGGGCCGACUCUGCCAGGUGCACCUCCUGGACGACAGGAAGCUGGAGUUGCUGGUCCAGCCCAAGCUCUUGUCCCGGGAUCUGUUGGAUUUGGUGUCAUCACAUUUUAACCUGAAAGAAAAGGAGUAUUUUGGAAUAUCCUUUAUUGAUGACACUGGUCAGAAGAACUGGCUCCAACUGGACCGAAGGGUCUUGGAUCAUGACUUUUCUAAGAAGACCGGUCCCUUACAGCUCAAGUUCCUGGUCAGGUUUUACAUUGAGAAGAUCUCAUUCUUGAAAGAGAAUACAACAGUGGAGCUGUUCUUUCUCAAUGCAAAAUCGUCUGUCUACAAUGAGACAGUCGAAGUGGAAAGUGAAAAUGUUUUCAAGUUAGCCGCAUACGCGUUGCAAGAAGCAAAAGGAGACUACACAAGUGUUGAAACAACCAGAUGUGACCUGAAGCAGCUCCCUGUUUUACCCACUCGAGUCCUGAGGGAGCACCCUUCUCUGGCUUACUGUGAAGACCGAGUGGUGGAGCGUUACACCAAGCUGAAGGGCCUGAGCAGAGGACAGGCAAUCGUGCAGUAUUUGGCCUUAGUCCAGGCCCUACCUACGUACGGAGUUCACUAUUACUCAGUGAAGGACAAGACAGGCAUACCGUGGUGGCUGGGAGUCAGCUACAAAGGCAUCGGCCAGUACGAUUUACAGGACAAGCUCAAGCCUCGGAAGUUGUUCCAGUGGAAGCAGCUAGAGAAUUUGUAUUUCCGUGAGAAGAAAUUUGCAGUGGAGGUGAACGACCCACACAGAAGGCCAGUGAGCAGACGUACGUUGGGUCAGACAGGACUGGUCAUCCACUCGUGGUAUGCCAGCCACUCUCUGAUUAAAACCAUCUGGGUGAUGGCUAUCAGUCAGCACCAGUUCUAUUUGGACAGGAAGCAGAGCAAAUCCAAGAUUACCACCGCCAAAAGUUUAGGAGACAUCGCCAUGGAUCUGACCGAGAUAAGUGCUCCCCGGAUCAGUAAGCUGUCCAGUAUGGAGAGCAAAGACAGGCUCAUCAUGGCCAGCAGUGGAAGCCUCAUCUCAGCAGGUUCGGUAGACUCUGAAGUCAGCGAGGAGCAGAAGAAGGAGAAGAUCGCUGACCUGAAGAAGAAGGAGAAGGACAUGCAGGACGCCCUGGCUCAGAAACUGGAGGAGCUGAAAAAGAUCUGCAUGAGAGAAGCCGAGCUGACAGGCAGACUACCUAAGGAGUACCCCUUGGCUUCAGGUGAGAAGCCCCCAGCCAUCAGGCGACGUAUGGGAACAACCUUCAAGCUGGAUGACCUUCACCCCAACGAAAAGGACCCCCAUCUGAGGAACCUGGAGAGCAGGUUUGCUCUGCAGCAGAAAAUCGUCGAGGCCGCCAUGAAGCUGGCCAACGAGGCAGAGCUCGCCAAAACAGUCAAGAAGAAGAGGAAGAACAACUGCCUGGAUGCAAUGAGGAAGCUGCAGGACAUCGAAGACGAGAUCAACGCCUACAGAGUGAAGACUGGCAGGAAGCCUACUCAGAGAGCGUCACUGAUCAUACCAGACGAUGUGAACCCUGCAGAGCUCAGCUCGCUGUCUGACAGCCUCAACCCAGAAGAGGACGACGACCAGGGGCCUCAGAGGCAGCGCUCGCGCUCAGUGCAGCACUCCCCUCGUGCCCACCACGCUGACACCCUGGGCCUCUACUACCAAGCAGACAGACGGGCAUCCGCCAACGACCAGCAUCCAGACCUCAGCCCCAGUAGCAGAUUACAUUAUGACCAAGUCCAGGAAUCGUUCCACUUGAAUCACCAAGACGCCCCAUCGAGCCAGCGCGCCCAUUACAGGCCGGCCUCCAGACAGCCGCAUCAUGACACCCGCAGCAUGCCCCCCACCCCGCUCCUCACCCGCAACGCCCACAGCAGCAUCCAGCUCAGGUCGGAAGACGGCCCGCAGCACUUCCGCCAGCGCAGCGGUAGCCUGGAGUCCCAGUCCCAGUUCCUGCCGGAGGUGGAGGCCCCGGCCCCGGCCUUCACCAUUGCCCCGACACGCCGCAGCACCAGCACAGAAGUCCUCGACGACGGCUCCUCCUACACAAGCCAGUCCAGCGUCGAGUAUGCCAUCCCCGGCAACCACAGCCGGCACCCGAGGGACCGCCGGCGCCACCGGAAAGGAAACAUGUACGGCAACACGGGCAGCAUGCCCAACCUGGCACAGACGGAUGCCCGCGGGUACACGUACCAGCCCCGGGCGCGACCCACCACCACGGCCUACUACGUGACUGGCUACCCCAACUACCCGGACCAGGAGCCGUACUCCCACAGAGCCUACAUGUACGAGGACGAGCAGGAGGGCCACUAUAACGUCAACCCCUCCUACCACCAGGCCCCCGCCUACCACGCCCAGGACAUGUACAGUCGCUACGGCAACGACGAGAUGGACAGUAUGACGCAGCACCCCUACGCCACCCUGCGUCCGGCGCCCAGGGUCCACAUGGCGCCCCGGAACGAGUACGCCCCCAAGAACAUCCAGAAGGCCCUGGUGGCGGAGCACCUGAGAGGCUGGUACCAGCGCAACACGGGCCACAAGCAGGCAGGCUACGACUACGACUACGACGGGGGCUCCCAGCACAGCCUGGGCUACCAGACCAUGCCAGCCCCCUACAGCCACAGCAGCAGGACCACCUCCUUCUCCUCAGUGUCGUCGGCCUCCACAGCAGGGCCCUGGCGAGGACACCCAGGGGUGGGCAUGUCAGAGUACGACGUGCCCGGGCAGCAGCCCUGCUCCUACAGCACCGCUCACUACAACCUCACACCCGCCCACAGCAGAUGUCCCCCAGAGUAUGAGUGGAGGACCUGGGAUAGGUCGGGGGGCGCUGCUGGGUCACUAGAGAUGCAUGGUGCUGUUGCCUAUGCACAUGAACAGGAAAAUUAACCCCCUAAUCAGAAGCACAGUACAAAAGAAAGGAUCCUAUGUAGAUGUCAAUCAAAUGGACCCCCACAUCAACAGUUCAUUGAACAGUACCUUGGACCCAGAAGACCCAAUGAUUUACUGGCAUGAAAAUUCCAAACCCGGAACAAUAGUCUAGCGGACAUUUCAUGCACUUCCACAUUGUGAAGGUGUCAUGUGCCUUAGACUGCACUUACCCGUUUUUCUGGAAGAAGGAAUUCAAAGAAUCAACAAACUACUACAAUUGAACACAACCAGUAAGGAAACUGUAGGUUCAGUUUCUGAAUGAGUUCCUUGCCAAACAAAUUGCCAAAGCGAACUAGAAAUAUCCGCACAGUGCACUGUUUGUCCUCUGAAAACAAACCUGGGCAUCUGAUUGCCAUAUUUGGAGUUAGUGUGGUAAUGGCACUUGUGUUGCACACUGAGCUUCCUCCUGAAGUAGGCUGCUAUGGUUUGGAGCCUGUGGUGAUGGAAGCUCCCAUAACCAUCCCUCUCACCUUGGAACUAAGACAAGACCUCAGUAUGGCAUUACAACACUGCUGUGGGAGACUGUAAACAUUUAGACGAUUCCAGUCUGAAAACUGGGGACUAUGAAAAUGACUCUUUCAGUAUGACAUAUUAUAACCUACCCACAGAAUCAUCACUGUGACUAUGAAGAAUGUGUUAAUAUUUACACAAUUAAAUACGGAAAUGAAGGAAUUGACUCGUUUAACCUGUGAGGAUGGCCACCUUAACACCCUCAAGUAAUUUGCACCAGCUAUUUACCAAGUCUGGAACCCUAUUAUCCUCAGUAAUUAGAAAACUGGAUCUUCAUUACCAAAUCCCUCAUAGUGUAACUAUUUAAUUAUAGCCUAAAACACAUUGUCUUUUCCACUCAAUUUAUCGAACCUCUUUGAUAUAAUUGAUGGAUGUGUUAACCCUUGAUGGCUUCAUCUCAUGGUUCAUUGCAGUGAAACAGAGUUCCAGUAGAAAAAGAGUAUUACAUUCCAUGCUGGAAUCCAUGGACCGGUGCUUUCCAUUCCUUUUAUGAUAAGGAAUUUGUAUGUACAUGUUGAUAAUGUGAAUAAAUUGUGGUUCUGUAUUUUAGGAGCCUUUUUAUGUAUUUGAAGAAGCAUGUAAUAUAUAGUAAACAAUCACAUUUGUUAAGCUGGUUCUUAGUAAUUUGUAUAAUUGCGAUCUGUUGGAAUAAAAAAAAGAUUAAUACCAAAACAUU